GCCGUCACGUCAGCUAGCACACAGCGCUACUAGCUAACCCGGAUAACUUACUUCGCUUUUGGGGAUUUCUUGAUGUAUGACUAAAAAAAGAAGCACUUCAACCGUGGACUGAGCUGACAGUGCGAUAACGAUAUUUUUUAACUAACACCAGUCGCCCGUAGUCAUGUUUUAGCCGGCUAGCUAUAUAACUAACAUUAACAUCAGUCGUUAGCUCGCUUGUUAACAGCUGUCAUGGUGGACGUCAGCACAGAGACGAACCACACAUAUGACUGAACGUUAGCCAAACAUUGCCCAACGGUCGUCCCACAAAACAGCCAGCUAGCUAACUAGCUGCUGGAAAACAUCCACUGUAUGAGGAAGUCAACCUGAAACUACAUCACCGCUGCUUCUAAAAUGAGGAGACUGACCAAGAAGAAGGCUCUGACUCUGGUGAGGGAGCUGGACGCUUUCCCCAAAGUUCCUGAGAGCUACGUGGAGUCCACAGCCAGCGGUGGGACAGUGUCUCUGAUAGCAUUCACUCUCAUGGCUGUCCUUGCCUUCCUGGAAUUCUUUGUGUACAGAGACACAUGGAUGAAGUAUGAGUAUGAGGUGGACAAAGACUUCAGCAGUAAACUGAGGAUAAAUGUUGAUAUUACAGUGGCCAUGAGGUGUCAAUAUAUCGGUGCAGAUGUCCUGGAUCUGGCAGAGACCAUGGUCGCCUCUGACGGCUUAAAAUAUGAACCAGUCAACUUUGAGCUCUCUCCACAACAAAGAUUGUGGCACAUGACACUCCUGCACAUCCAGGAGCGUCUGAAAGUGGAGCACUCUCUCCAGGAUCUGCUCUUCAAGGCUGCAAUCAAAGAAGCUCCUCCUGCUCAGCCUCCAAGCGAGGACAGUUCCACUUCUCUUAGUGCUUGCAGGAUACAUGGACAUCUGUAUGUGAACAAGGUGGCAGGAAAUUUCCACAUUACCGUUGGCAAGUCCAUCCCACAUCCCAGAGGCCAUGCACAUCUAGCUGCACUAGUGAGCCACGACACUUAUAACUUCUCUCACCGGAUUGAUCACCUGUCCUUCGGAGAAGCGAUUCCUGGGAUUAUCAGCCCUCUGGACGGAACAGAGAAAGUCUCCGCUGAUGCGAACCACAUGUUUCAGUACUUCAUCACCAUCGUGCCCACCAAACUGAACACCUACAAGUUCUCUGCAGAAACACAUCAGUACUCAGUCACUGAGCAGGACCGAGUGAUAAACCAUGCCGCAGGCAGCCAUGGAGUCUCAGGGGUCUUUAUGAAGUACGAUAUCAGCUCACUAAUGGUCAAAGUCACUGAGCAGCACAUGCCUCUGUGGCAGUUCCUUGUCAGACUAUGCGGCAUCAUCGGAGGCAUUUUCUCCACCACAGGCAUGCUCCACGGCAUGGUAGGAUUCUUGGUUGAUGUAAUUUGCUGUCGGUUCCAAAUGGGAGUCUACAGACAUCUUAAGGAGGCUCCUCUAAAUGAGCAGGCAAACAGUGAGACCCUGCUUCCUACAGAAAACUAUACUCAGGGAUAGGAGUUCCCACAGCUCACCAACUUGGCCUGACCCACUAGACAGCAGUGAGAUGUUUACAAGUUGUUUUAUAAUGGGAUAUAUCCCUGGAAUGUGUACAUAUUUGUAUGAUUUUUUUUUAAAUUGUAAUUGGAUGGGUGUGAGAUUAUGUCACUUUCACUGGAAAGCUGUGCCAGGAGGCCUAAACAGCAGGCUAAAUACAAAUUAUUGACAUCAUUAUUGAAGAUCUGACUUUACUAAAUAGACAGUACCUAGUGUUAGUGCCCCCAUGGUGCACCCACACACAGGUGUUUUCACUUAUUUUGGCUGAUUAGACCUUUUCUCAGGGUUAUGUGGUCACGUCUGUGCUUGAUUGACAGAUGAUAUCAAAGGGUGACAUUUUUCUGAUUGUUUCAUGUAGUUUGGUGACCCAGUUUAGUUCUGCUCAACUUCAAGCUGAAAAGACACCUGCUCAGCUACAAUAAAGCAAAAACCAUGUGUGGGUGAGUGUGUUCAGGGCCUUUAAAGGGGGACUAUGUGAAAAGACUGGAAGGGUUUUAAAUUGUUCCACAAUGUGCCUAUGUGUAAAUGUUGUAAACAUGAGGCUGAUUUGUUAAAUAAAAUCCAGUGAUGUGGAUUCAUUAAUAUUUAGCACUGGCUCUGGUAUAUUCUGGUCAUACCAAGGGCUGCAACUAACAAUCUUGAUUAGUAAUUAAUACGUGGAUGUUUUGUCAUCAUUGCAAUUGCCAAAAAUAUUAAAGUAAAAAUGACAAAGCACAGAAAACCAGCAAAACCUCACAUUUGAGAAGCAGGAGCCAGAGAAUAUUUACUACAGUAUUUUUGCCA